CGGCACCCCACCUCUCUCCCCCCGGGCGCAUCGCGCGGGGCAGCCAUGGCGCGAGGAGACAUCCCGCAGGACAGCUACCACCUGGUCGGGGUCAGCUUCUUUAUCCUUGGGCUGGGCACGCUCCUUCCCUGGAACUUCUUCAUCACGGCCAUCCCGUACUUCCAGGGGCGGCUGGCGGGGGCCAACAGCACGAUUGUGACCUUGAGCACCAACCACACUGGCCCUGCAGACACCUUCAACUUCAACAACUGGGUGACGCUGCUGUCCCAGCUGCCCCUGCUGCUCUUCACACUCCUCAACUCCUUCCUGUACCAGUGCAUCCCUGAGACGGUGCGGAUUCUGGGCAGCCUGCUGGUCAUCCUGCUGCUCUUCGCCCUGACGGCCGCGUUGGUCAAGGUGGACAUGACGCCCGGACCCUUCUUCUCCAUCACCAUGGCCUCUGUCUGGUUCAUCAACUCCUUCUGUGCAGUUCUGCAGGGCAGCCUCUUUGGACAGCUGGGCACCAUGCCCUCCACCUACAGCACCCUCUUCCUCAGCGGCCAGGGCCUGGCUGGGAUCUUUGCUGCUCUUGCCAUGCUCAUGUCCAUGGCCAGUGGCGUGGAUGCCCAGACCUCGGCCCUGGGGUACUUCAUCACACCCUGCGUGGGCAUCUUCGUGUCCAUCGUGUGUUACCUGAGCCUGCCCUACAUGGAGCUGGCCCGCUACUACCUGGCCAGGAAACCAUCGCUGGCACAAGGUCAGGAGCUGGAGACCAAAGCUGAGCUCCUCCGGUCUGAUGAGAAGAACGGGAUUCCCAACAGCCCUCAGAAGGCAGCCCUGACUCUGGAACUUGACCCUGAGAAGGAGCCAGAGCUGGAGCCAGAGGAACCCCAGAAGCCAGGAAAACCUUCCGUUUUCAUUGUCUUCCGAAAGAUCUGGCUGACGGCGCUGUGCCUUGUGUUGGUCUUCACAGUCACCCUGUCUGUCUUCCCCGCCAUCACAGCCAUGGUGACCAGCUCCACCAGUCCUGGGAAGUGGAGUCAGUUCUUCAACCCCAUCUGCUGCUUCCUGCUCUUCAACAUCAUGGACUGCCUGGGCCGGAGCCUGACCUCGUACUUCAUGUGGCCGGACCAGGACAGCCGGCUGCUGCCCCUGCUGGUCUGCCUGCGUGUCCUGUUCAUUCCGCUCUUCAUGCUGUGCCACGUGCCCCAGAGGUCCCGGCUGCCCACCCUCUUCCCCCAGGACGCCUACUUCAUCACCUUCAUGAUGGUCUUCGCUGUUUCCAAUGGUUACCUGGUGUCCCUCACCAUGUGCCUGGCGCCCAGGCAGGUGCUGCCACACGAGAGGGAGGUGGCCGGCGCCCUCAUGACCUUCUUCCUGGCCCUGGGGCUGUCCUGUGGAGCCUCCCUCUCCUUCCUCUUCAAGGCGCUGCUCUGAAGGCUCCGUGGAGGGCUCUCCCAGCAGCUCUCUUCUCGCCGCCCCUUCGGAGCCGAGACCCAGGGCAGAGGAGUGGCGAGCCGGCUCAGGCUCUGCUGGGCUGGGGCCCCUUGGUCUGGAGGUGCCCGGAGGAGGCAGGUGCCGUUUCCUUCCCGGGCUUCCUCGGGGUGCUGCGAGGAAGACUUCACCACCGGUCAUGCCAACCCUCCCCCAGGGCGGAGGCGACGC